AUGGUGAAAUUAGUAGUUUUAAUAUCCGGGAAACGGAAGUCAGGCAAAGACUACUGCUGCAGAAAAUUGAAGGCAGCACUUGAGCCUUUGAAAGUUACUGUGUCUGGACUUUCGCACAGUUUGAAGGCAAUCUAUGCUGCGAAAAACGGCCUUGAUUAUUCGGAACUAAUUUCGGACGGCCCUUAUAAGGAAAUAUACCGUCUAAAAAUGAUCAAAUGGGGUGAAAGCGUUCGUGAAAGCGAACCCUACUUUUUCUGCAGAUCUGCGAUAACAGCAACAUGCGAGGACGAUGUAGUGAUUAUCUCGGACUGCAGAAGACCAACCGAUAUUGAAUAUUUUCGAAGGAACUAUCAUACAUUGACGGUUCGUAUCAAAGCAAGCAUUGAAGAGAGAGAACGACGUGGAUUUGCAUUCGUCGAAGGGAUUGACGAUAUGCCUUCAGAAUGCGCUCUAGACGACUACACUCAUGAUAUGACCAUAGUAAACGAUUCUUCUAGAGAUCUGACUUGUGAGAUCGAUAAUGUAGUCCAGCAUGUUAAAAGGAUAUUAGAAGAAACACAUACGUAA